AUGUCCGACCAGGAGAUGUUUUCCUUCCUGACCACCAACCCCAGGAACAAAAGCGUGCUCGCUACAGCAUCGCAGAUUUCUGCAGCACGUCCUACUCGUCGCCAUGCCGAGUUUCCUGUCGUCGUCACAGCUGCAGUCGCACCGAUCAGCGACGUCGCUACCCCCACGGGUAUUCUGCGAUCCGCGGGAUGGGAUGACAGCAGCGACAAGCUCCAGGAGGAAAAGAGGCGCCUGUUGCGGAAGCUCAAAGGACAGGAGUAUUUGCUGUCGAGGGUAACUGCGGGUCGGCUCGCGCUCCCCGACGGCGGCGCGAAGCUGUCCACGCAGGUGAGCAAGCUGCAGGCGCAGCUGCGGCAGGUCGAGUCGCUGCUAGCGGCGCACGCGGCGCAACAGGUGGCGGGAGAUGCGGACGAGCAGGAAGCGGACAGCGCGAGUUUCGCGUUCAGGGUUUCGGGGAGGAGAGGGAGCGGGGCAAGGAACGUGACAGGUGAUGCUGCUGCUGCUGCUGCUGCUGCUGCUACUGCUGCUUCGUCUGGUGGCGACAGCAUGGGUGGGGAUGGGGGGAAGGCGAUGAUGGGAAGGAUGGUGGACGAUUCAGCCGAUUCUACAACGAGUCUUGUGGUGAGGCGAGAGGGUGGGGUAAUACAAGGGGCAGGAGUGGCAGGCGCGACGGGAGAGGAAGGCGGAGCAGCAGGAGGGGAUUGGCCGGCAGGUGAAGGCAGAAUGGCGGAGGUGAUGGAAGGGGUGGGAGAUAGCACCGGACUGGUGUCAACGGUUGCUGUGUCUGCAGUCGCUGCAGCACGCGUUACCGCAGGCGGAGCGGAAGGCGAGCCUGCAGGGGGGAACAGGGUGGCGGAAGGAGCAGAGCGCAGGGAAAGUGCAGAGCUCCCAGGCACAGAGCAAGGAGAGGAGUGGAAGAGGGAGAUUUACAGGUACAGAGACCCAGGUGCGGACAGCGAAGCAGACAGCACAGGCUCAUUCCUCAAGCCAUCUAUGAAGCCAGCCUCUGGGCUAGCUGUAUCAGCAUCAGCUGCAUCGGUGCGAACGCGCACGUCGUCCUUCCAGCCGUCCUGCUCCUCUGCUGCCAUGCGCCGCCUCUGGUCGCUGCACCGUGCGGUGGAAACCACCAUCGACGACCCGGCUCUGGAAGCUGCGGGCCAGCUGGAACAAGGCGUGGGUGCUGGCAGUGCGAGAGAUGUUAUUGGCUGUGCGGGCGGUGCCGGGAGUGCAGGGAUUGGAGGAGGAGAAAUGAGCGGAGAGAAUGCAGGCAGUGCAGGGAGUGCAGGGAGUGCAGGGAGUGCUGGCACGAGGGUGUCUCUCCCUGCUGGUUCUAGUGCCCCUCGGGUGGUAGCGGUCGGACGGGCGGAUGUAUCGGCUUCACAAUGGAGGGACUUGACGUGGGAGGCGGAGCGCGCAGCUGCCCGGCUCGGCAGGGUGUUAAAGAUUGGUGAUGGUGAUGGUGAUGGUGAUGGUGAUGGUGGUGGCAGAGUUGCUGCGGAUUGUGCUCGGCUAGAAUCUGCUCAGGAUAUGGUAGAUGUGGCUGUUGGAGCUGCUGGGGGGGCUGCUGGGGGGGCUGCUGGUGCUUCCGAGGCUGCCGGGGCUGCCGGGCCUGCUGGGGCGCCUGCAAGGUGUGCUCGGGUGAUUUCGGUGUUGGAGGCGGCUCAGUUGCUGGCAGAACAACGGACACGAAUUUGGGAAUAUGAAGAGAAAAUCAUGGCAUCUGCAGCUGGUGCUCCUGACUCUAAGAACAAGGUGGACUUGAAUCGCCAGCACGAUGACGAAGCUGCAUGGGUACAAGAAGAUUUCGCAGAUGAUUAUGAGGAUGAUGAUAACUUGGAUUGA